AGACACGUCGCGCAGCUGUGAGUGAGUUGGGAAGAACCUACCUGGUCAGUGUUUUUCCACAAGGUGCGCCGUGGUAGUGUUAUACGUAGUCUCCGUCAAAUAUAGCGCCGUCAACCGUGUUUGCCUACGGAGAGAGUAGGAUGUGGGUCUGGUCGCUAUUGUUCAUGCUACUGGUGGCUGCUGUCAGCGCUCAGAAUUCUAACUGCAGGACGCCCAGCGGAAGUGCUGGUGUAUGCAUCCCCACGGACGAAUGUCCAGAGCUGUUCAACCUCCUGCAAAGAAUCCGUGCUGGUACAGAACCACGUAGCUCCCUCACCAUCCUCAAACAAUCCAUCUGUGGCUUCGUCAACAACAAACCCAAUUCAUGCUGCCCAUUGACUAGUAAACCUCGGGAUCUGUUGCCGGAAGUCUGCGGGGUGUCUGCCUUGACGGAGAAAAUUAUAGGAGGCACCGACGCUUCCCUGCUGGACUGGCCGUGGAUUGUCAUCUUGAGGGGACGAGAACCUGGUGUAGGCAGCAGGUUUUUCUGUGGAGGUACUCUCAUCUCUGACCGCUAUGUGCUGACAGCCGCCCACUGUGUCCACUCCAGCUCCGGCUUCGAGUUGGAGUAUGUAAGGGCGGGCGAAUAUGACCUUAGUAGAGACAUGGACUGUGAGAAGGGGAAAUGCAGGAAGGAGCCACAAGACAUGCGGGUGGAGAAUAUAAUUGUACACGAGGAGUACCUUAAAGUGCGUGGGUGUAAUCGCUGUCACGACAUAGCGCUCCUCAGACUGGCUCAACCUCUCAUUAUGGACCCAGUUUUAUUGUCGCCUGUGUGCCUUCCCAGAAGCCUGGAGCAAGACCUGAACAUCACCGACAGAAACUUUAACAAUAGGUUUGGCUGGGCAGCUGGUUGGGGUACCAUUGAUCCCACUAAGCCGGUGUUCCGAAGUGUACUUCAGCACAUCCUGCUGCCCAUCAGUGAUGAGUUCUGCGGCAGACUACUCAAUGACUACCCGGACAAAAACAUGGUGGUGUGUGCUGGAGGCGAGGCGGGGAAGGACACGUGCCGCGGUGACUCAGGUGGUCCUCUCAUUGUCUCCAACCCGCAAGUUACCAGGUUCUACUUAGUGGGGAUCGUCAGCAAAGGUCCCAGGUUCUGCGGGACAGAGCGCAGUCAGGGUGUCUACACUAACGUCAACCAUUACAUGCCCUGGAUCCUCCAGCACCUCCGGCCCUAGCAAAGAUCAGCCCCUUGACUCAGUAAAGACCCUCGACCUCUUGGCAGCCCACGACCUUCACUGAAUAAAGAUCAUCGGUCACUUACUGACCCAGGAUCUUUUUUAAUCGUAGGACACAGUUAAUGUGAUCGACCUAUACAGAUUUUGGAUCUUUAUUAAUUAUAUAUCCUAUUGAUAACAUCGCCACUACACCAGACUUAGAGUAUCAGCGACUCUACAACAGUAUGUAUUCAGGACCACUUAAGCGUCACUUUUCCUGCCCUACUGCACGCCAGCCUUGUACCUAGCAAAACAACACCCGUUAACAAUGACUUAUCAGUAGUUGAUUAGUUAUAUAUCAACUCAAAGUUUUGUUCUGGUAUGUGACCCACAGUGCUGUACCUGGGGAGGGGAGGGGGUGAGGUUAUGUUAACUUGUGUUUUAUGUUUCUAUCCAUAUUCUCACACCAUUAAUUGUUUUUAUUUACUGUUACUAUAAAAAAUACAAGAAUAAAUAGUUUUUUCCACCUA